ACAAUUUAGGAUGUCACACAAAGCCUUGCCGAGUUGAGUAAAUGACCCGCUUCUUGUUUUCCUAGGACUAGGAUAUGCGAGAAAAAGGGAUAGCAUUCUUGGGGCUUAGGGUUUAUCCUGCUCCUUUGCGCUGGCAAAAUAGCUAAAAAUGAAAGCUUUACUCCCUUCUCCUUCUUCUUCUUCUCAGAUUCCUCCAUGGCUAAUCAUCCUCUUUUACAGACGCCAUUCAUGCACUUCUUCAACCUCAUCUCCACCAAUAAUCCCUCAAACCGAGUCCCACCAUGUUGAAUUCACCAAGAAUCAUGUAGUCGAUGUCCUCCUCAGUCACAGAAACGACCCUGAUUCAGCUUAUCGCUACUUCCAAACUGCUAGACAACAGCGCAGUUUUCUCCACACUAAAUCUGACCCUUUCUUUGUUCUCCUUCACAUAUUAGUCACUUCUUCAAUUCAUCAACAUAAAGCUCAGCGUUUACUUGAUUAUUACGCUUCUAGUGAUUCCGGUCCUUCUGCUAACGUUGUUUUCAAUGGCUUAGUCAAUUGCGGUAAGGCUUUUGAUUUCGACUUGAAUCCUCGGGUUUUUAAUUUCUUGAUUAAUAGUUGUGUGAAAGCUGGUAGAUUGAAUGAUGCUAUUGAUUGUUUUAAUGGGAUAUUGGAACACGGUAUAAUGCCGUGGGUACCGAUAAUGAAUAAGCUUUUGAAGAUAUUGGUGAGGCAGGAUAUGAUUGGAGUAGCGCGAGAUUUGUAUAAUGAUGUAGUGUCUAGAGGAAUUGAUUUUUAUGAUUGUGGCACGGUUCAUAUUUUGAUGUCUGCUUGUGUAAGGGAAGGGAAAAUGGAGGAGGCUGUGAAGCUUUUUGAGGAGGGUAAGAUGAAUGGGAUUAAGCUUGAUGCAGGAUUGUAUAGCUUAUGUGUUUAUGUUGCUUGUAAGGAGCAGAAUAUAAGAUUGGGAUUGGAGUUGUUGGAGGAGAUCAAAGACAGUGGUUGGGUUCCUUCUGAGGGCACAUAUACAAACAUAAUUACAGCUUGUGUGAAACAAGGGAAUAUGGUUGAGGCAUUAAGGCUUAAGGAUGAAAUGCUUAGUAAUGGCCAUCAGAUGAACUUGGUGGUUGCAACAAGUUUGAUGAAAGGGUAUCAUGUGCAGGGCAAUUUAUCGAGUGCUUGGGAUUUGUUUGAUAAACUGUCUGAGUAUGGACUCACUCCGAACAAGGUGACAUAUGCAGUUAUAAUAGAAGGAUGUUGUAAAAAUGGGAAUGUUCAGAAAGCAGUAGAAGUUUACAGGCAAAUGAAACUUGCUGGUAUUAAGCCUAAUGUUUAUGUUGAACAUUCGUUAAUAAAGGGAUUUUUGAGUGUUAACUUGUUAGAUGAAGCAAUGAAUGUGUUUGAUGGGGCAAUAAAUUUGGGUACGGCCAAUGUUUUCAUUUACAAUAGCAUAAUAGCCUGGUUUUGUAAGAAGGGUCUGAUUGAUAAAGCUCAAAACAUCUGGGAUAAGAUGGUUGAU